CUUCAGUAAGUACAGCACUUAUCAAAUCGAAACUAUUUUGUCAUCUAGGCUUCACCAGUUAAAACCAAAAAAAAAACUUAAAUCUUUUUCUAGUGAAUUAAUUUCAUCAUAAAGGAAGCAAAACCGAGUGAAUUGAGUUCCAUGAGCGUCUAACAAAGCGAAUCAACGACCUUUCACAAUCUCCAUUUUAAAAACUUUUUAAAAAUAGUAUUUCUCGAGGGUCAGUUAGCCCCACAGUGGGCACUGACCAGGCACUUUUGCUGAGGGAAAAUAAAACACAAUCUGGAAUAAAGUCUUUUUAUAUCUAGAUACGCUUUCAAAAUAUUUUUAUAAGAAAUUUACACAUUCGCUUAGUUCCAUAAAUCUUACGAUAGAUAAUCAUAUUACAGCAAUAAGCUUAAUUCGCUGAAAAUUAACAAUAAUUCACUCGUGUGAUUCCUUCAAUAUCCAAUCAAUCGAGAAAUUUAUUCACUAAAAAAAAAAGAUGAAGCUUACAACUGAAAAUGAGGAUGAUCGUAUCCACAUUAUGGACGAUGAUGUCAACUCGACUGAACUUAUCAAUCAAUUGACUAUCAACGGUACAAUCAAUCAAGAAGAUCCAUUCUACAUCUUCAAUAUCGGUGAUGUUAUCAAGAAGCAUCAAAAUUGGAUCGAAAAGAUGCCUCGCGUUGCGCCUUACUAUGCUGUUAAGUGCAAUGACAACGAUGUAGUUUUGGCUACAUUAGCGCUGCUAGGAACGUCAUUUGAUUGUGCGUCGAAGGGUGAAAUGAGCAAGAUCUUGAGUCUAGGAGUUAAACCUGAUCGCAUUAUCUUCGCAAAUCCAGCAAAGUCGAAAGGCGCGCUUAUGUUUGCUAAAAUGAUGGGGAUUAAGAUGAUGACAUUCGAUUGCGAGACUGAAUUGCAGAAGAUCAAGUCAUUGUAUCCUGAUGCUAGCCUCGUCCUUCGCAUCGUCUGUGAAGCUGAAAUUGCUCAAUGUGCCCUCGGCAAGAAGUUCGGUUCCGAUCCUCUGACCGAAGCACCAAAGCUUCUAAAGGCAGCUAAGCAGAUGGGAUUGAAUGUUGUUGGAAUAAGCUUCCAUGUGGGUUCUGGCUGCAAAGACUAUCCUGUUUACAACAAGGCCAUUCGUUACUGCCGUGACCUCUUUGACGAAGCUAAGGGACUUGGUUUUGAUUUGUCACUUGUUGACAUUGGUGGUGGAUUCCCUGGUGACAAUGAUAAGAACAUUGACGAAGUUUCGAUGAUUGUUAAUGAUAGUCUGGAGAGAUAUUUUCCAGAUGAGAGAGUUCAGGUCAUUGCUGAGCCAGGUCGUUACUACGUCGCCUCAGCCUUCACUUUAGUGACCAACAUCUUUUCCAAGAAGAACAUCAUGAACCACUCCACAAAUGAACCUGACCGCAUGAUGCUUUACUUAAACGACGGUGUCUAUGCCUCUUUCAACUGUCUGCUCUACGAUCAUCAAGUUGUUAAGCCAAUUUUGCUGAAAAAAUCCAAUCAUCAUGAGAAAAAGAUUAAGUCGACAAUUUUCGGACCCACCUGUGAUGCCCUAGAUGAAAUAAUUAACAACAUUGAGUUGCCUGUAGCAACCGAUGUCGGUGACUUUAUGUAUUUUGAGAACAUGGGAGCUUAUACAUUGCCAGUUGCAUCGCCAUUUAACGGAUUUCCACUUCCUAAAAUUUUCUAUUAUAUUGAACGUGCCUUACUCGAGGAAUGGUUUGUACUGCCAAUUGAUGGCGAGGAUUACGUACAGGACUUUAUUGGAAAGACUAUCGAUUCCAUUUCUGUAUGAGAUUUGUAUAAGCUUUCGUGUGAGUUGCUCAAAAUUAUUUCCAAAAACUUGAAAAAUUUUUGUUUAAAAUUUUUCGAAAAUGAUGUCAAAUUUUUUAAGAUUUUUGAGGUUUUUUAAAAAAUUAAA